ACGGCCUCGUUCUGCGGCGACUCGUGCCGCUUGAUUGGCUGCCGCUUUUUUCCACGACAAAGACGCCAAGGCCAGCAAACAGCCCGCCGCCAGCUGCGAAGCGGCCGUCAAGAGAAGGUCAGAGAGGCCAUCGAACAGUGCAGAGCAGCAGGAGGCCGACUGAUCACAGCUCACCCAACCACACACACAACAGAUGCCUGUCCGUCUACCACAGGCCGCCGGCCUCUACAAAUGCCCCUCGUGCUCCGCUCGCUCCUUCUCUCUCUCGUCACGGCAGCUGGCUCUCGGUCCUGAAUCUCCUCGCUACAUGGACAUCCCCCAGCCCCCGCAACAGACUCUCCCGGACAAGACGCGUCUCAAGGGUAUCCUGCCCGUCCCUCGCAAUGUCUUUGCUGGCCAAGACCCGAAAGAGCCCCUCAAUCUGGACAAGGCCACCAAGGAGCCCGCCCAUCAACCAUCUCACAAUGACCCUCGCUCUCUCUGGAAGGAGCGCAUGGCUGCUUCGCGAAGGAAGAACCUGAAGGAGGGUCUGCACGCCCUGCAGUACCGCAGAAUAAAGUCCGACGACUACAGGGCUACCCGCGCCGCCGCCCGACAACAGGAACGUGAGGCCCGUCUGCAUCGUCCCGAGCGGGAAGACGAUCGUCUGACCGCUCCUUCGGUCGACAACAACCUGCUUGCCCUCUUGAAAAGGGGUCCCCUACAAGACCCCGACAGAGAUGCUCGUCUGGCCGACAUGCGCCAGCGGGAAGCCAGCAAGCAGGCCGCUCGUCAAGAAGACCGCCGCGAUGCUCUGCAUUCUCUCUACGUCAAUGCCCGCGAAUUCAUCGUCAACGACGCUCAGCUUGCCACUGCUAUCGACAAGGCUUUUGGUACCGUCGAUCAGCCUCGCGGCUUUGGCUCAAACUCUGCCAGCAUUUGGGACGUGGGCCCUCCCAGCACCAUUGUAGACAUGCUCAAUUCGGCAACUGGCAAGGGCAUUCGUGGCGGUGCUCUCAGUCAAUCUUCUGUCAACAGAGACCAAGCCUUGACUGCUGCGAGAGUCAGGAGAAUCGCUGCUGAGCUGACUGGAGGCCAAUUGCCCUCAAAGUCUUAGACUGCUUGUAUAAUAUCCUCCUUUUUCCACCUUCUUUCAUCCAC